AUGUUUAGAAGAAAUGUGUUAUCAACUUAUCCAUUGAAUGCGUCUGACUUAGAAUUUUUCUGGGAAAGGCAGAAAAAAAAUACAUAUAUAAUGUUAAUUGAUUCCUUGGUCGGAAUUACUCCUGGGGGAAUUCUACACCACUGUGCAUGUACAGAAUUUAUGUCCCCUGCAGAUUUCUUUGUUUCCCCACAGAAAAAUGACUUUGACGGGGAUGCAAAGGGAAGCCACAAAAGCGGUCAUGCAACCCUCCUGAGCAGUACGUUUUGGCUGCCCAGGGCAGCCGGCUGUGAGGCGGGACUGGGGAAGACCUGGCUGAUGGCUCCUACCAUAAUGCCAGGCUCAACUGCUAGUCCCGGCUGGGCUGGGGAGGACGGGACUUCCUCUUCCCCUGCACCGCAUCCAGGGCUGUGCCAGACCCACCCCCAGAUUUCUCCCCUGGCUGUAGGAAGCUCUACAAAUUCCCAUCCAUCCAACCCCUGUGCAUCCAGAACCCCUCAUGCCCAGACCCUCCCACAAAGCCUCACCCCUCUACCCCCCAGACAAGCCCCAUUCCCCCUGCACCUCCCCAAUGAGCCACCCGGAUCCCCACCCUACCAAGCCCCAGUCAGCUGCACCUGGCUUGCAACCCCACUGAGCCCCACUCCCCCGGCAUCUGGACCCCCCCACAUACACCCAGACCCCUCUGCUGAGCCCCAACCACCUUCAUCUGAACCCCCCCUGCAGAGUCCCAUUACUGUUGCACUCAGAACCCCCCCAACAAGUCCCUGUGCAUUCAGAUCCCCCCCCCCCCCCCACACACACACACACACACACUCGGAUCCCCGACUGAGAUACCUGGUGCAUGGAGGGGCAGGGCUCUGGGGUAUUUCUUGGGCAGGCCCGAUCCUUGCACUGUGUCAGGGUUGUGUGCAACCUCACCACUGAGUCUGUGUCCCGGGAAAGGGGAGCUGCACAGUGACCUCCCACCUCUGUGGAGCCAGUGGCCUGUGUUCCCUAGUGCCAUGCUGGAGCCUCCACAUUUAUUUGAUAAAGUGUGCACAGAAUUUUUAAAUUUUUGGCGCUUAAUUUUUUGGCCCAGAAUGCCCUCAGGAAUAGCCAGAAUCACCUUAUACACCUUUUGAUUUUUCACAGAAUGAUUAAAUUAAUACAUUAAUAGUCUGUGGUUUGCACAUUUAGUGUAGUUCUAUAGAAUUGCUCUGCACUCCAUUUUCUGGUUUUAAAAAAACAAACAACCUCCACCUUUCAACAUUUAUCGUUAAAGGUUUUGUUUUAACUUCCACGUGUGAAGCAUGUAAAAUCUAACCUCCGUGAUUAUAAACCUCUAACAUUGCUUUUUUCAUUUUGUGCAAUUACUGUAUUGAACUCGUAUGUAUAUUUGGAAUCUUCCCUAAGUUUACAUUUAAAUUCUUUAUACUUUUGUUUGAUUUUUGUGGUAUUUAGUUGUCAUAGAUUUAGUUGCUGUUAAUCUCUAAAGUUUGUGUCAGUAUUUUGGUUAUAAAUUGGUUUAUCUUGUAACUGCCUGUUUCAUUAAACCUCUCUUGGUAUGGCCCACUUGUGGAUGUGACUGUAGCUGUAAAUUUAACUACUUUGGCCUGUACAACGAACUUUUUAGAUCAGAACUUUUUAUGAGCAAGUAGCAUUAUUACUGCGGUCAGAAUAUUGUUCCCUGUUGAGAACUACAGUAUAAAGAUGGUAAAGAGUUGCUAGAGUGCUGCAGAUUCAAAACUUGAGUCUGUUUUAAUAAGGGACUUUAUAUUGGCAUUAUUCCUGCAACCUUAUAAUAAAUGUUUCUCUAGAA